UCAAUUCAGAGUUUGUGAAAUAAACUUCAUAAACCGUCACAGAAUAUACCUCCUCAUUAGCGUGGACAGAGAGUCAGAACACCCACUGACUGGACAGAGCAAUCAGACUUCCUAAACUGGUUUUAAACUGACCAAAUACAAUUUGCAGUGAUCUGAAAACAGACUAGUGACUUUAUAGUAUGACCCAAGAGCAUGCUAAGUGACCAGAUACCUCACAGAUUAACCAGAGAGCUUGCAAACAUACCAUAAAUCAAACCGAGUGAACAGAGCAUAAAAGCUGACCACAUACCUCAAAGAAGGACCAGGACGCAUACAAAGUGACCACAAACUUGAAACCUCAAAGUGUCUCUUUUUCCAGUAACUCCCUUACUGGACCAAUGCCCCCAGUGACUGAAGCCCCCAAAGCACCAAUCAAGCUCAGCACAUAUGCAAAGACAGUGAUAUCUCUGGUUUAUACACUGCUGCUUAUAGCUGGUAUUCUUGGAAACACUCUGGUGAUUCGUGUUUUGCGUGGUAUCCGAGGUGGACGCAGUGUGCAGGCCUCUCUUAGCCACCACAUGUGUAGCUUGGCAUCUUGUGAUAUUCUUCAACUAGCACUUGGUAUUCCAGCAGAGCUGUAUUGUAGUAUCUGGAACCCAUUCCCAUGGCCCCUGGGCACAACUGGCUGUCGUGGCUUCUAUUACUUGUGGGAGGUACUUUGUUAUGCUGCCAUCCUAAAUGUGUUAUCUCUGAGUUGUGACAGACACCGUGCCACCUGCCAGCCAAUGAGCCUACACUUACAGAAAUCUUCAGGGGUCCGUCUUCGACUUUGCUUGCUCUGGCUGGCUUCUCUUCUGGCCGGGCUCCCAAUGCUCUUCACCAUGGGCUUGGAAGUCAUCCACGUAGAAGUCAUAGAAGGUCAGCCUCAAGAAUUGUGGGUAUGCACUCCACUAAGCCCUUGGAGGGAUCUCUUUACAAUCAGUGUCUGGGCUUCCUUUUUAACCUAUCUUGGCGCACUGUUUAUUGUGGGUAUAACAUGCUGGAAAAUGAGGAGAGCACUUGAGGGAAGUGGACAAUUUUUAGCGGCACCAGGUCCUGGUGGGUCUACACAGCUGCUGGGAAGAUUCUGCAGUGAGCAGACAAUGGCAGUCCGUAAGCAAAAUGCCAGAAUGCUGGGAUACAUAGUGGGAACAUUGGCUGUGUGCUGGUUGCCCUUUCAGGCUCGGCGUCUGAUGACUGUUCUGCGCAGUAAGAAUGAAUGGACAGAAACGUAUUAUCGUUUAUAUAUCACCUUGCAACCCAUCACGAACUGCUUCUACUACCUUAGCUCAUGCCUCACUCCUCUGCUGUACAACCUGACAUCACGGAACUUUCGCCAAGCUUUCUUCAACAGUAUUACACCAUGUGCUAAGAUGCCUUCGACAGCCUCAGUUCCAUGGGAUAUACAAAUUACCCAUCAAACCAUCAGAUCGUCAUCGGUGGUUCGAAGCACCAGUGAUGUGUGAGCCAAUAAAGUGAAUAUAAAUGAAUACAAAAAU